UUGUUUAAGUCUCGAAAAGAACAUGGUUGGCUACAAAGUACUGUUGACACUUGUUAUUGCAAUUAAUGGCAUUUGUUUUAUUGCCGCCAUGCCCUCGGCACAGGAAAUUGGUAAUUUAAUGACCUUACAGCUUUUUGAAAUUCCAAGCACACUGGCCAAUGAAACAGAUCCAAAUGGACUUCCUUUAUUCGAUAUACGUUAUGAUGCCAUGCCAAGUCAUUGCAAAACAAACUCUUCCUCGCCUGUUCCGAAAAAUUGUGCCGAAGCAACAGCCUGUACCAGACGUAGUGGUUACUAUUUUAUCAAAAUGAAUGCCUUUAGCAGUAAUUCCUUCCUUGUGGAAUGUGAUGCUCAUACAGAAGGUGGUGAUUGGACAGUGAUUCAAAGACGUUUUGAUGGCUCGGAAAGCUUCUUUCGCACAUGGGAUCAAUAUCGUCAAGGAUUUGGUGAAAUUGAAGGAGAGUAUUUUAUAGGUUUGGAUAAAAUCUAUGCUUUGACAAAUUUGGAUGGUCGCCAAGAAUUGAUGAUUCAAUUCGAACGCAGUGAUCUGCUCACAAGUUAUGCCAAAUACAGUUCAUUCGCAAUUGGUAAUGAGACCGAAAGAUUUGUCUUGAAGAGAGUUGGCCGAUAUACGGGAACUGCUGGUGAUUCAUUGUUGGCCCAUGUUGGCGCCAGAUUCUCAACAAUGGAUAGAGAUAAUGGUAGCACUAAUCCCAAUAUGGCUAUAACUUUUUCGAGUGCCUGGUGGUACAACAACAAUCGUAUUAGUGACUUAAAUGGACUUUAUGGCAAAAUUGACAAUAGAGGUCUUUUAUGGACUGGGUAUUAUGUCAAUGGCCGUUAUAUAAAAACUGUAAAAAUGAUGGUUCGUCGUUAUAGAGUUUAAGCAAAUAAUAAAAGUUAAAAAAAAUAAUAAAAAUAUAUCGCUUAUGUCC